AUGCCUCGUUCGGUUCCCACAUACUUCACCGCGAACCCCCAUGAUGAACCCCAAGGUCCCAGUGACAACGAACGCCCUCGAUCGGCUUCCAGGACCGCUCCGCCCUCCCCGUCAGCCGUCAGGCGGAGCCAUAGCCUUCUGUCGGAAGCCCAUACCGGCUAUCAGUCGUUGGAGCCUCCGCUGGAGGUGACGGAGACGACCAGCUUGCUCGGAAACCCCCAGGAAGGUCGUCGACGUCUGCCUCGUCGCUCGUAUACCAAUAUCUCCGCCAACUCCACGGCCGAUAGCCACUUCCGGCACUCCCUGCUGAGCGGAAGCUUGCGUCGAUCCCGCCACCAUAGCCGCGCAAACUCGCAAAACCUUCGAUUCAGUCGCCGGGGAAGUCUGGACGCAGACCAGGCCGACAGCCUCGCCGCCUCAGCCAAGGACGGCUUCGGCUCUUCCUCCUUCCUGGACGAGCGGACCUGGUAUGAUCAAUUCACCUCAACGGAUUGGGUCCAUGAUAGCAUCGCCGAUGGAGCCCGCCUUCGCGAGCUGCGGGCUCGGAAGGACAUCCGUGGUCGUCUUCUUUCCUGGUUCGACGGUGCCCAGGGCUGGGUGUUGGUCGCCCUGAUCGGUUGCAUCACUGCAGCCAUUGCCUAUUUUGUGGAUGUGACUGAGGACUUUGUGUUCGAUUUAAAGGAGGGUUUCUGCACCACCAGGUGGUUUAAUAGCCGCUCAAAUUGCUGUGCCGAUACUUAUGAUUGUCCGCAGUGGCGGUCGUGGUCGAGGAUGUUCAGACCUUCCGGGUCUGACAACCAGUGGGUGGACUUUGCCUUGUAUGUCUCUUGGGUUCUGGUCCUCUCGGCAGUCUCAUGCCUCCUCACCCUCCUCACCAAGACCGUCGUUCCGUCUUCCAUCUCGUUGACCACCCUGGAUGAGAAUCUGGCAGCCGCGGAGUCACGAGGAAGGCCCAGCAUUGAUGCCGCCGCCUCACCUGACUCAUCCAGCCCCGGGGCUCCCUAUGCCAUGUUCCCUAGCCGCCCCGAUAUGGUUUACUAUUCCGCUGCGGGGAGUGGAGUGGCCGAGGUCAAGGUAAUUAACAGUGGUUUCGUUCUCCAUGGCUAUCUGGGAUUCAAGACUCUUGUCAUCAAAACCAUUGCGCUGGUCUUCAGCGUCUCAUCCGGCCUGAGCCUUGGAAAGGAGGGUCCAUAUGUCCACAUUGCCACCUGCGUCGGGAAUAUUUGCUGUCGGCUCUUUGCCAAGUAUAAUCAUAAUGACGGCAAACGAAGAGAGGUUCUGAGUGCGAGCGCGGCUGGCGGUGUUGCAGUUGCUUUUGGAGCGCCUAUUGGAGGCGUCCUUUUCAGUUUGGAGGAAGUCAGCUAUUACUUCCCCCCGAAGACCCUCUUCAGGACGUUCUUCUGCUGCAUCGCCGCAGCACUGUCGCUCAAGUUCCUGAACCCAUAUGGGACUGGUAAGAUCGUCUUGUUCCAGGUUCGGUAUCUCGGUGAUUGGGAGAUCUUCGAGAUGGUCAUCUUCAUUUUCUUGGGAGUCUUGGGCGGCGCCUUGGGGGCCCUGUUCAUCAAGGCAUCGAACAUCUGGGCAAAAUCAUUUCGUCGAAUUCCGCUCAUCAAGCGCUGGCCAAUGCUCGAGGUCGUCCUUGUCGCGCUGCUGACAGGGUUGGUUAGUUUUUGGAAUCGUUACACCAAGCUCCCUGUUUCGGAGCUUCUGUUCGAGUUGGCCUCUCCCUGUGAGCGGGAGUCCUCUUCACCUACGGGGCUGUGUCCCGACGAAGAUGGGAUCGGCGAGAUCAUCCGCUAUCUGCUGAUCGCUUUCGUCAUCAAGAGUCUUCUUACCGUGGUCACUUUUGGAAUCAAAGUCCCAGCUGGCAUUUAUGUGCCUUCCAUGGUUGUCGGCGGCCUCUUGGGCCGGAUUAUCGGCCAUGCCGCCCAAUACUUGGUUGUGAAAUAUCCGACCUUUCCUCUUUUUGGCUCGUCCUGCCCGGCUGUCUCUGGUAUGGAGUCCUGCGUGACUCCCGGAGUGUAUGCAAUGGUUGCCGCUGGGGCGACUAUGUGUGGUGUCACUCGCUUGUCCGUUACUCUUGCUGUUAUCUUGUUUGAACUCACAGGGAGCCUUGACCACGUGCUUCCAUUCUCGCUCGCGAUUCUGUGUGCCAAAUGGACGGCGGACGCUAUCGAGCCUCGUAGCAUCUACGACCUUCUGACCGAUAUGAAUUCCUAUCCAUUCCUUGACAACAAUAUCCAGAUCGCGUCUGACGCUGAGCUUGGCGACAUUGUGCGACCGGUGAGGAAGAGUCGCAUUAUCGAUAUAUCGGAGUCCCCCUUCGUACCAGCGUCGGAGCUGCGUUCGAAGCUGCAGAAUUUGCUUAUGGCCGGCGAACUAGACAGUGGCCUCCCCAUUCUGCGCCACAACAUCCUGACCGGAUUGAUCCCCGCGCCGGAUCUGGAGUACGCGUUGGACAAUCUCGAAGACGAGGACAACUCGCUGUGUCUAAUGGCAUUGGACACGUCGAUGGUUAUCUCUGACAGCGAAGACCUUCCUGGCCCUGAUCGAGUGGAUUUUGGCCGAUAUAUAGACCCGGCCCCCAUCGCUUUAGACAUCCAUUCGCCUAUAGAUCUUGUUUACCAGUGUUUUACAAAGCUGGGCUUGCGGUAUCUGUGUGUUCUUCAGAACGGAGAAUAUGCUGGCUUAGUCCACAAGAAAGCCUUUGUGAAGUUUGUAAAGCAGAAUGAGUGA